ACAGGUUGCUGCCACACCCCUCCCCCCCUCUGCAUCCCAUUGGCUGCUGUUCCCCAGGGGGCGGAGCUCAGUAUGGGUUUAGAGCUGUGAGGCCAGACUGAGAAGACAGUGAAGCCUGACACACCCUCCGCCCGCCUCACAGGUAAGACCAACAGCCUUUACACACACCCUCCGCCCGCCUCACAGGUAAGACCAACAGCCUUUACACACACCCUCCGCCCGCCUCACAGGUAAGACCAACAGCCUUUACACACGCACUUAACCGGCCGCACAGGUAAAACCAACUGUUAUGCGCACACACACACACACACACCCAUAAUGCCUGAAACACUCCACCUACACAGGUAAAAUAACAUUAGGCAGUCAAUGCAUUAAAGCUUGCUUGUGUUCUAUAGCUGAGAGUGGAGGAUGGCGGAGGGGGAUAGACACAGAUUGAGAGAGAUGGAGAUGGAAGAGAGGAUAGAUGAGAGGACACAGGGGGCCUGAAGACACUGGUGCAGAAGGGUUGCUAGGAGGCAGCGGAACUAAAACAAUACAGAGAGAUGGAAGAGAGAGGGAGACAGCGAAAGGGGAGAUGGAGAUGAGAGAGGGAGACAGAGAAAGGGUAGAUGGAGAUGGAAGAGAGAGGGAGAUGGAAGAGAGAGGGAGACAGCGAAAGGGUAGAGGGAGAUGGAAGAGAGAGGGAGACAGCGAAAGGGUAGAUGGAGAUGGAAGAGAGAGGGAGACAGAGAAAGGGUAGAGGGAGAUGGAAGAGAGAGGGAGACAGCGAAAGGGUAGAUGGAGAUGGAAGAGAGAGGGAGACAGCGAAAGGGUAGAUGGAGAUGGAAGAGAGAGGGAGACAGCGAAAGGGUGGAUGGAGAUGGAAGAGAGAUGGAGAUGGAAGAGAGAGGGAGACAGCGAAAGGGUGGAUGGAGAUGGAAGAGAGAGGGAGACAGCGAAAGGGUAGAUGGAGAUGGAAGAGAGAGGGAGACAGCGAAAGGGUAGAUGGAGAUGGAAGAGAGAGGGAGACAGUGAAAGGGUAGAUGGAGAUGGAAGAGAGAUGGAGACAGCGAAAGGGUAGAUGGAGAUGGAAGAGAGAGGGAGAUGGAAGAGAGAGGGAGACAGCGAAAGGGUAGAUGGAGAUGGAAGAGAGAGGGAGAUAGAGAAAGGGUAGAUGGAGAUGGAAGAGAGAUGGAGACAGCGAAAGGGUAGAUGGAGAUGGAAGAGAGAUGGAGAUGGAAGAGAGAGGGAGACAGCGAAAGGGUAGAUGGAGAUGGAAGAGAGAGGGAGACAGAGAAAGGGUAGAUGGAGAUGGAAGAGAGAGGGAAACAGCGAAAGGGUAGAUGGAGAUGGAAGAGAGAGGGAGACAGCGAAAGGGUAGAAUGAGGGAGAGCUGAGGAAGCCAGAUAAAGGACACCUGGAAGUAUUGAGGGGAAGAAAUCAGAAAUGGAGGGGUUGGCAAAGGAGAGAAUGGAGGGAGGGUUUUGGUAAAGAGGGAGAUCAUUGUGUUUGAAUGAGAGGAGGCCUCUGAAAAGGGUUGGGGGGAGGGGAGAGGGAUUUGGCCUGCUUUUCUUCAGCCUUGCUCAGGUGGGUUGUUCGGCUCAUUCCAACUGGAGAAUAACAAAAGAAAAACGUAAAUAUUUGAUUUGUCAGAACAGGAAUCCUGUCAUUUUUUAGGAUACCGAUCAGGUGGUGGCCAGGUCAUAGCAGCAGUUCAAUGCAACACACUAUGUUCUUGUCAUGAAAAUCAAUGCAAAUGAUUCACCCAUUUUUGCAUUUCACGUGUCAGUACAGACGAUAACUCAAGUAAAUGAAGUAACCCAAUGAAAAGGGGAUAGUUGUAUAAGGAUUUUAUAGACCCAAAUCUCCAGGAUCCCAUCCUCUCUUAUUCAACCUGUUGAGUCACUCCGAGACGAGGUUCAAAUUAGUGUGUGUAAAGGGAGUGUGUGUUUAGGUGGAGGGGGAGUGUGUGGGUUUAGGUGGAGGGGGAGUGUGUGUGUGUGUGUGUGUGUUUAGGUGGAGGGGGAGUGUGUGUGUUUAGGUGGAGGGGGAGUGUGUGUGUGUUUAGGUGGAGGGGGAGUGUGUGUGUGUUUAGGUGGAGGGGGAGUGUGUGUGUGUUUAGGUGGAGGGGGAGUGUGUGUGUGUUUAGGUAGAGGGGGAGUGUGUGUGUGUUUAGGUGGAGGGGGAGUGUAUGUGGGUGUGCCCCCACACCCACAUCCUUGUGGUUAUGAUUUCACCUUGGUUGGCUGUAUCAGCUGUGAUCUUGUAGGGUUACAUUUACAUUUUAGUCAUUUAGCAGACGCUCUUAUCCAGAGCGACUUACAGUUAGUGAGUUGGAAUCCAAACCUGCACAGCCAGUAUCUCUCCUAGGUUGUGCUGUUGUUAUCGGUCAGACCUGGACCACAGAUUGGGAGCAUGAGGCUCUCUGGAGUGAGAAGCACAUGAUCAAUUAUUCGCUGCCUAAAAACAUUGAAUUUCCCUAAAUAACCAUUCCAACUGUCCUGAAAUACUUUCUGCCAAUUUCAAAAUAGUUAUUUCAUAUGUUCAAACUGCCCCAAAACGUCUCAACCGUAGAGUCAAACAGAGUUUGAAUAAAUUGUGGAUUUGCAGUCUGACUACCAUUCAGCUCAAAUUGCUCCUGCAUUCUGUGAAAAUGGUUAAAGGCAUUGAUUCUUAGAAACCCGUGUUCACUUGAAGCGUUACAUUAUUCACUUCCCCCUGAGGCCUUAGAGGAGAAAGAAAUGUGGGCAGUUUGUAGUCAUGUGUUUUUACACUAACUGGCCAUAUUAACUGAGGGGAGAUUUCCAUCCUAUUAAAUGUUUUAAUGAAGAGACGAUUUGACCACUAAUUCUAGUCUGCGUGUGUGUGCAAAGCAUUUAAGCAUUUUGUUGCAUUGUGUACAUGACAAAUAAACAAACUUGAAUGUGUUCCUCAUCUCUCUCUCAAUCCCCCCCUCCCUCAUCUCUCUCUCUCUCCCCCCUCCCUCAUCUCUCUCUCUCUCUCCCCCCUCCCUCAUCUCUCUCUCUCUCUCCCCCCUCCCUCAUCUCUCUCUCUCUCCCUCAUCUCUCUCUCUCUCUCCCCCUCCCUCUCUCUAGGUGGCUAGAGGUCAGAGGUCGUAGCUAGGGGUCAUGGCGGGCCUGAGGAGGAAGCUGAAGUUUGUGUUGACGCUGAUGAUGGUCAAUCUCUUCAUUUUCAUCCUAGUGUCCCACAGCAGAGGACAGGACAAGAGCGGACCCAACAAGGUGAGGACAAAGUGUGGGGGGGGGGGUGACAGGACAAAGUGUGGGGGGGUGGUGACAGGACAAAGUGUGGGGGGGUGGUGACAGGACAAAGUGUGGGGGGGUGGUGACAGGACAAAGUGUGGGGGGGUGGUGACAGGACAAAGUGUGGGGGGGGGUGACAGGACAAAGUGUGGGGGGGGGUGACAGGACAAAGUGUGGGGGGGUGGUGACAGGACAAAGUGUGGGGGGGUGGUGACAGGACAAAGUGUGGGGGGGUGGUGACAGGACAAAGUGUGGGGGGGGUGGUGACAGGACAAAGUGUGGGGGGGUGGUGACAGGACAAAGUGUGGGGGGGUGGUGACAGGACAAAGUGUGGGGGGGUGGUGACAGGACAAAGUGUGGGGGGGUGGUGACAGAACAAAGUGUGUGCAAAGCUGUCAUCAAGGCAAAGGGUGGCUACUUUGAAGAAGCUAAAAUAUUUUUAAAAAAUUGAUUUGUUUAACACUUUUUUGGUUACUACAUGAUUCCAUAUGUGUUAGUUCAUAGUUUUGAUGUCUUCACUAUUAUUCUACAAUGUAGAAAAUAGUUUUAAAAAAAAAAAAGAAAAACCCUGGAAUGAGUGUCCAAACUUUUGACUGGUACUGUAUGUAUUGUUUUUCUUGGUUUAGACAAUUCUGUAUUGUUUUAAUUUGUAAAAUAAAUGUAAUACAUUUCCUCCUUCCUUCCUCCAUUCAAGGUCCGUGUCCCCUCCAAGCGCUUCUGGUCCAAACUGGCUCCUAGUCAGGCCUACUGGAACCGCCAGCAACAGAGACUGGACCUCCAACACAACCCUGUCCUCGCCUCCGCUAAUAACAACAACACUAGCGAUGAUGAUGUCAUCAGACCUGUCCCUGACUGGCUCAACGACACAGGGCUGAACCCUGACCCCUGCCAACCGGACUACAGAGUCACCACUCACGUGAAAGACUACAACUCCCUACCUCCCCGUUUUAAAGACUUCCUUCUCUACAUGCGCUGUCGGUCGUACCCUCUAGUGGUGGACCAGCCUCACAUCUGCCAAAAGACCCAGGGAGGGGAGCCGCCCUUCCUCCUACUGGCCAUCAAAUCCCUUGUUCCGCACUUUGACCGCCGCCAGGCCAUCCGCCAGUCGUGGGGUCGAGCCGGCGUCCUCGCCAACCGGACGGUUGUCACGGUGUUCCUGCUCGGCAACACCACAGCCGUGGACCACAACCCAGACCUGUCGGAGAUGAUGCGCUAUGAGAACGCUCGCCACCGCGACAUCCUCCAGGUAUCUAUAAUAUAAAGUAUUCAGACCCCUCAACCUUUUUCACAUUUUGUUAGGUUACAGCCUUAUUCUAAAAUUGAUUUAAAUAGUUUUUUCCCCACAUCUAUCUACACACAAUACCCCAUAAUGACAAAGCAAAAACAGGUUUUUAGAAAUAGGGAGAGAUUGAAUAUGUCCGUAAACACACCAGCCAGCUGGUCUGCGCAUGCUCUGAGGACGCGGCUAGGGAUGCCGUCUGGGCCGGAAGCCUUGCGGCGGUUAACAUACUUAAAUGUCUUACUCACGUCGGCCACGGAGAAGUAGAGUCCUUGGUAGUGGGCCUCGUCAGUGGCACUGUGUUAUCCUCAAAGCGGGCGAAGAAGGUGUUUAGCUUGUCCGGAUGCGAGACGUCGGUGUCGACGACGUGGCUGCAUUUCCUUUUGUAGUCCAUGAUUUCUGUAGACCCUGCCACAUACGUCUCGUGUCUGAGCUGUUGAAUUGCGACUCCACUUUGUCUCUAUACUGAUGUUUUGCCAGUUUAAUUCCCUUGCGGAGUGAGUAGCUACACUGUUUGUAUUCUGCCAUAUUCCCAGUCCCCUUGCCAUGGUUGAAUGCGGUGUUUCGCGCUUUCAGUUUUGCGCGAAUGCUGCCAUCUAUCCACGGUUUCUGGUUAAGGUAGGUUUUAAUAGUCACAGUGGGCACAUCAUCUCCUAUACACUUCCUGAUAAACUCAGUCACCGUUUCAGUGUAUUCGUCUAAAUAAUUUUUGCAUGCUACCCAGAACAUAUCCCAGUCCGUGUGAUCAAAACAAUAUUGAAGCGUGGAUUCCGAUUGGUCAGGCCAGCGUUGAAUAGUCCUUAGCACGGGUACUCUCUGUUUGAGUUUCUGCCUAUAGGAAGGGAAGAGCAAAAUGGAGUCGUGGUCAGAUUUGCCGAAAGGAGGGCGGGGGAGGGUCUUAUAACCAUCCCGGAAGUUUGAAUAGCAAUGGUCGAAUUUUAGCAGCUCGAGUACAUCAGUCGAUAUGUUGAUAGAACUUCGGCAGCCUAGUCCUCAAAUUUGCUUUGUUAAAAUCCCCGGCUACAAUAAAUGCAGCUUCAGGAUAUGUGGUUUCCAGUUUGCAUAAAGUCCAGUGAAGUUCUUUUGAGGGCCGUCGUGGUAUCGGCUUGAGGGGGGAUAUACACGGCCGUGACUAUAACCAAAGAAAAGUCAGCAUUUGAUUGUGAGGUAUUCUAGUUCGGGUGAACAAAAGGACUUGAGUUCCUGUAUGUUACUACAAUUACACCAUGAGUUGUUAAUCAUGAAACACACACCUACGCCCUUCUGGUUCCCGGAGAGAUAUUUAUUUCUGUCUGCGCGAUGAAAUAAUGUAAAAAAGAAUAUAUAUUUUUUAUGCAACGUUUUCUAAGAGCUAGUCGCGAGGCCGCCAUCUUCUUCUUCAUCUUCAUAGUUUUGAUGUCUUCACUAUUAUUCUACAAUGUAGAAAAUAGUAAAAAUAAAGAAAAACUCUUGAAUGAGUAGGUGUGUCCAAACUUUUGACUGGUACUGUACAUGUUAACAUCCUCCAGGUAACAAUAAUAUACAUGUUAACAUCCUCCAGGUAUCAAUAAUAUACAUGUUAACAUCCUCCAGGUAUCAAUAAUAUACAUGUUAACAUCCUCCAGGUAUCAAUAAUAUACAUGUUAACAUCCUCCAGGUAUCAAUAAUAUACAUGUUAACAUUCUCCGGGUAUCAAUAAUAUACAUGUUAACAUCCUCCAGGUAUCAAUAAUAUACAUGUUAACAUCCUCCAGGUAACAAUAAUAUACAUGUUAACAUCCUCCAGGUAUCAAUAAUAUACAUGUUAACAUCCUCCAGGUAACAAUAAUAUACAUGUUAACAUCCUCCAGGUAUCAAUAAUAUACAUGUUAACAUCCUCCAGGUAACAAUAAUAUACAUGUUAACAUCCUCCAGGUAACAAUAAUAUACAUGUUAACAUCCUCCAGGUAUCAAUAAUAUACAUGUUAACAUCCUCCAGGUAUCAAUAAUAUACAUGUUAACAUCCUCCAGGUAUCAAUAAUAUACAUGUUAACAUCCUCCAGGUAUCAAUAAUAUACAUGUUAACAUUUAGGGUAUGGGUUUUCAAACCUCUCCUCUGGGACCCCCAGACAUUCCAUGUAUUUAACUAUUCCACAACUAGCACACCUCAUUCACCUUGUCAACUAAUCAUCAAGCCCUUGAAUAGGUGAAUCAGGUGAGUUAGUUCAGGGCUACAACUACAAAUUGUGAAACGUCUGGGGGGUCCCUGAGGAGAGGUUGGAGAACGUCUGGGGGGGUCCCGCUGGAGAAAAACCACUGAUUUAGGAGCCCCUCUUCUCCAGAGGUAUUGUAGCAUUCGUCUUAAAGUUAGCUAGGUAAGAGAACCACAUAUCACAGUCAUAGUAAGCAACUACCUCUGCCAAUGUAAAUGUUUCUUCCUUCAGGUAACAAUCAUGUAAAUGCCUAUGGCAACAUAGAUGUUUCCUUAUUCCUUAUAAGCGCCUAAUUAGGAUUAAAAUAAUUCUGUUAACGUUAACUUUUCCACAGAUUUUCCAGAGAUCCUGGUUGGAGGAUUUCCGGAUUUCCUGCUUAUCCCCUCCUGAUUCCGGAAUCCUCCAAUCAGAUCUCUAGAGUCUAGGGGUGUUUUCAUGCUAGGUCCCUUUCAGCCAGUUUCUGCUUAUUUUGUUUGUGGGUGUGGUGUGAAUACGCCAAAGGAACUCCGACCUCUCCAAAAGAACCCCCGAAGCGAACUGAACCUGAGACCAUCUCGAGAGGUGGUCUGAGUUUGGGUCGCUUUAAUUCUGUGGUCCGGUUCCCUUUUUUAGGGCAAUGUGAACGCGAAGCUCCCCAGGUUCGCUUGUCAUUAUUCCCGCACCAUACACUAGACUACUGCAACACCGUUUCCCCUGACAUAACCCCUCACAUUGGUGCCACAAAAGAGAGAAGAUGAUGUGCAGGUUCACGGGAAAAAAAUUUGUGCAGAUUUUGGAUAUUGAUUAACGAUUGUCAAGGACGCACAGAAAUUCCAAAAUGUGUGAAGUGUUUAGUUCAGAUUAUUUGUUUGCAAUAUGUGAUCUAUAGGCUAAGAGAGCUUCAUAAGCUGUUUAUUGAUUGUGGGGUUUGAAUAGUGUGAGAAGACGGCAUAUUUGGUGAGAAUCACAACAUAGUGUACAAAAUCUAUUCUAGCUCUUAAAGGAUAAAGGUAGCCUACCUUGGGUGUAAAAUGUUCAAAUACAGCACUAUUUAUUUAAAAUAUAUAUUUUUUAAUGAUUUGAUAAAAUAUUGAAUUUGUCCGUAAAUACCAACUCCCGUAGAAAUGAGUUGAAUAACACAUUCAGAAAAGACAGUCAACAAAUAAAUGAUAAGGAAUAAUGUUUUGAAGUGUCUGUCCUAUAUGUAGGAGCUAUAAGAAAGAUCAGGAAAUGUUUUUAUAAAAAUAAAUGACACUAUUUAACCCCCCUUUCUUUAAGUAAGCACAAAACUACCUCCAUACUUCCAUUCAUAAAAAAUAAAAUAAUGUUGUUGGUUACCUUCAGACGAGUCCUGUGACACUUGUGGGGGUUGUAGAGCAAAACGGAGAACACCAUGGUGUUGGUGAGAGUCAUCUUUCCAUAGUGGUCUCAUGGUCUGACUAACAGCGCUGUAGCUCGGACACCUUCCACCGGAGAUGCAGAAGGGUAGAUUGAGUGGCAGCACGUGUAAAAAAAAAAAAAAAAACCCUCUGUAGCUUAAACUGACUCAUUUUGAUGGGGAUUAUGUUACUUUGAUUGACGCACCGGUGCAUCAAUUGACUCUAGGGAUUAUUAAUAUAUACGGACUGAUUUGUGUGGCAAUGUAUUACGACUGUCUGUUAUGUCUUUUAACGCUCACUGAGUGGUCCACAAUGUUGGUUCUAAUCUGUAAUACGUCUUGUCAAAUGUUGCAAUAUUGGGGAGUGACACAGGGAUACUCAAACUAUUUUUAAGUAUGCUGACAUAAAAAACAUGGGAUUGGAUAAACAGUGGAAUAAUGAACAAAAUACUAAAAGCGUUUUUGAGUAAAAUAUCCCUUUAAUUGAUUGUUCUAACUCUACCUCCAGUGGGACUACCGGGACUCGUUCUUCAACCUGACCGUCAAGGAGGUGCUCUUCCUGGACUGGAUGACCACAAGCUGCCCCGGUGCUCAGUUCAUCUUUAAAGGGGACGAUGACGUCUUUGUCAAUACGUUGAGGAUCCUGGGCUUCCUCAAGGGCCUCUCUGGGCCCCGGGCAAGGGACCUGUUCGUAGGGGAUGUGAUCACCAACGCGGGGCCACACAGGGACAAAAAGGUCAAGUACUUCAUCCCAGAGAGUUUGUUCGUUGGCACGUACCCGCCGUAUGCGGGCGGAGGGGGGUAUCUGUACUCCGGGGACCUGGCCAGGCGGCUGCAUGGGGCCUCGCAGCGCGUACCGCUCUAUCCCAUCGAUGACGUUUACACAGGGAUGUGUCUGAGGAAACUGGGACUGGGGCCAGAGAAACAUAAAGGCUUUAAGACGUUUGACAUUGAGGAGAAGUACAGGAGUAACCCGUGUGCCUAUAAGGGUCUGAUGCUGGUACAUAGCCGGACACCACAGGAGAUGAUCCAGAUCUGGGCCUGGCUCAAUGACCCCGACUUGACCUGUCAGUAACUACCCAGCCGGUGUCCAUUUUGACUUCAGCUUUCAGAAACCGAGGACAACAGGUCGGCGGCCAUUUUGAUUUAGCUGUCGGUAACCAGUGAAGACAGGUGACUUGAACUGUCGGUAACUGCCUGGACCAGACACCACGACAGGUGGCUAUUUUGUUAUGUUGGUUGUUAUAGGAACUCUGUCAGAGGUCAGUGGCCACUGUUUUGUGACACUUGGUAGGGUUGUUACAUUCUAAAGGUCGGCCACCAUUUUGAGACUUUUUUUUGGGGGGCAGGAUUAUUACUCUUGGAGGGUCAGUUGGACAUUGGCAGCUUUAAUGUUGUUAUUAUCAUGGUCAUUGAUGUUAGUUAACCACCUUCAAAGUGGGAUUGUUGAUAAACAUUUCAGGUUUUGAAUCCCAAGAUAAAGAGGGAGUGAUUGUGAUGGCGGUACAAUGGCGGACCAACGUGUCUCUGCGCUUUCAAAAUGGCCAAGAUAGUGUUUUGAUAAAGUCUGAUUGAUGGACCUUUAUGAUUUAACACAGUGUGUCUGAUGGCACAAAUAGCCUUUAACAUGCUGUAUUAUGAGGAGUUGGAGACGGAGGUUGUAUGAGCAGCCUGAUCCCAGAUCUGUUGGUUGUUUUCCGUAC